GUGCGGUUGCGCAGUGGGCGGGGCUUCCGCCGCCGCUGUUGAUUAUGUGCCACUGACGCUCGGAAGUGACCCAUGUGUCAGAGCUGCACCGGAUCGGCCCGUUCAACUCCCAUAGCGCGUUACUUUUCAGGUUAUUCACGACUUAUCGACGCGUGUCGUCCUGUCAUCAUGUCUAAAGACACGGAGGCCAAGAGCGAGGAGAUUAUGGAGGCGAAGGUUCUGUGGUACCCGGACUCUAAACGAAACACACAGAUGGACCGAUUCCGGACUCAAGUGAACCGGGACUUCGGGGUGAAUCUGGCUGGUUAUAAUGACCUGUAUCAGUGGUCAGUGGACAGUUAUCCGGAGUUCUGGGCACAGGUUUGGAAAUUCGGUGGCAUCACUUGUUCAAAGAUGUAUGAGGAGGUGGUCGAUGUGUCUAAAAGGAUAUCCGAUGUACCUGAGUGGUUUAAAGGCAGCAGACUGAAUUAUGCGGAGAACCUGCUCAAACACAAAGACCAAGACAAAGUGGCUCUCUAUGCUGCAACUGAGGCAAAAGAAGAGAUCGUCAAGGUGACUUUCGGAGAGCUGAGGCGUGAUGUCGCUCUCGUCGCUGCUGCAAUGAGGAAGAUGGGCAUUAAAGCUGGAGACAGGGUCGUAGGGUAUCUUCCCAAUGGGAUUCAUGCUGUUGAGGCUAUGCUCGCUGCUGCCAGUAUAGGUGCCAUCUGGAGUUCAACCUCUCCAGAUUUCGGUGUCAAUGGAGUUCUAGACCGAUUUUCUCAGAUCCAGCCCAAGCUGAUAUUCUCAGUAGCAGCUGUUGUGUAUAACGGCAAGCAGCACGACCACAUGGAGAAACUCCAAAAUGUUGUCAAAGGUCUCCCUGACCUGAAGAAGGUUGUGGUCAUUCCAUACGUUCGCUCUCGACAAGAGACUGACCUCUCCAAGAUUCCCAACAGCGUGUUCCUGGAUGACUUCUUGGCUACAGGUAAAGAAGGGGAUCAGGACCCUCAGCUGGAGUUUGAGCAGCUGCCCUUCUCUCAUCCUCUCUUCAUCAUGUACUCUUCUGGCACCACAGGAGCUCCCAAGUGCAUGGUGCAUUCUGCUGGGGGAACUCUCAUCCAGCAUCUUAAAGAACACAUUCUCCAUGGCAACAUGACCUACAAUGAUGUCAUCGUAUAUUACACUACGACGGGCUGGAUGAUGUGGAACUGGCUGGUGUCCUCUCUAGCCGUUGGGGCUUCUGUGGUCCUGUACGAUGGCUCCCCUCUUGUUCCCAGUGCCAAUGUGCUCUGGGACCUUGUAGACCGUCUGGGAAUCACGAUUUUUGGGACUGGAGCGAAAUGGCUGGCUGUGCUGGAGGAGAGAAAUCUGAAACCUGCAAACACACACAACCUGCAGACCCUCCACACACUCCUUUCUACAGGAUCUCCAUUGAAGCCUCAGAGCUAUGAGUAUGUGUACACCUGUAUUAAGAACAAUGUGCUACUGGGAUCCAUAUCAGGUGGCACAGACAUCAUUUCAUGCUUCAUGGGUCAGAACAUGACGGUGCCUGUUUACAGAGGGGAAAUUCAGGCCCGAAAUCUGGGCAUGGCCGUGGAGUCCUGGAACUGUGAAGGUAAGCCUGUUUGGGGCGAGAGCGGGGAGCUGGUGUGUUUGAAGCCCAUCCCGUGUCAGCCCACUCAUUUCUGGAACGACGAGAACGGCAGCAAAUACCACAAAGCCUACUUUUCUACCUUCCCAGGAGUCUGGGCCCACGGUGAUUACUGUAAGAUAAAUCCAAAAACGGGAGGAGUCGUCAUGCUGGGGAGAAGUGACGGAACCUUGAAUCCUAAUGGUGUUCGGUUUGGGAGCUCAGAAAUUUAUAACAUUGUGGAAGCCUUUGAGGAAGUUUCCGACAGCCUUUGUGUCCCUCAGUACAGCAGUGAUGGAGAGGAGAGGGUGAUUCUGUUCCUGAAGAUGGGACCCAAUAAGAGCUUCAGUCAGGAGCUAGUGGGGAAGAUCCGCCGCGCUAUCAGAGUAGCUCUCUCUGCACGACACAUACCAGCCUUGAUACUGGAGACCAAAGACAUCCCGUACACUAUCAGCGGAAAGAAGGUUGAAGUCGCAGUGAAGCAGGUGAUCGCAGGUAAGGACGUCACUCAGCGAGGGGCCUUCUCAAACCCAGACUCCUUGGACCUCUACAAGAACCUACCUGAACUCCAGAACUUCUGAGCGCUUGCGUGAGGUACAUCUGAACUGCUGAAAGUCCUGCGUUUCUGGGUCCCUUCGAAGGGGUCAGAUUCUCUGGACACCUGUUGGACCAUCUGGAGGAAUUUCUAGGGCUUUCGAACAUCAAAGUUCAUCAUUUUCUCCACCUGUUGUGGCAAACUCCGCUAACCGUUGGAACUGAUGGAGUCUGUACAUGUAGCACUUCCUCAGAAGUGUAACUGGUUCCUCUUGGAUAGAAAGUUGAGUGCCAUUUUAUGUGAUUCCAACUUGGAUCUUAAAGGGACAUUUUAUUAAGAGACGUACUGAACUCCCAAGUAAUUCACAAAUCUGUUGUCUUUAUCUACCUUGUCAGUCCCAUAUCUUUGAUACACUGUCACUUUAAUCUUAAUGAAGGUGUAGGAAAAUCUGGCCAUGAAUCUUUUUAAAUCUCUGAAAUGACACUUUAUUCUCAUAAAUCUUCAGGAAUCAAAUACACAGACAUGUUACUGAACAUUGGGGAUUUUUCUUAUGGUAAAGAUGGGAGCCAUUUCUGUAGUAAUACUGACUUUUUGGGUCAAACCAACUGUUUCCUGGAACUGCUAACAUUUAUGAAGCAAAGUAUUACUGGUACAGUUUCCGGAUUAUGACCUGUUGCCAUAAUAAAAUCAAUGCAACUGACUUCCUGUCUGGAAACAUGAAUAUAUUUAUAUUUUUAACAUUAUCCUAUGAGUAAACAGUGAUUCAUCACAUCUGCUGUAUUUGUAGAGUAUAUUAUGCUGUCCAGAACUGCUCUCUGUUGUCUACUGAGUGUGGAUUUGAACUGAAGCUGAUGUAGCUCACUGGCCAAAAAGAUUUCCAUAUAUUUUUCCAUAUAUACUGUAUAUAUUUGAUUCCGUAGAUGCAGCUGCAUGUUGCGUGCUACACUAGCUCUCUUUCGGUGCAUCUUUUAUCAAGUUUUCAUCAACAACUGAAGCUCAUCUUAUUUCUUUGAGCCAUUCUUUGGUAUAUAGCUUUAUCUUUGCCAUCCCCAAAUACACUGGCUUACUUUUUUGCAUGUUUCCCAUCAUCGGAAAAUACUGCACACAUAUGGAAGAAGCUGCUUUGAUUGUUGUUUGAGGUUUUCAGCAUGAUAACAUGAUAUCCAGAUAGCAUUAGAUUAUAUAAUGUUUGCAUUAGGAGUAAAGGGAAGAAUCCUGGCCAGUCGAAAUGCAUCUAAAACCACAAUGAAAACUAGAAAAUAUUGAUUUAUGUUGGAUUGGAUUCGAGCUCUGUGACGUGUACUGAUGAUGCAUUUACACUCACUUUGCAGCAUAUCACAGAAACAUUUAUCAACAGCAAGCCACCAUCCAGAAAAUCCUUUUUUUGUGACACUGAGAGAGGAUAUGCUGCGGUUGCUCGCAACAAAAGCCUGAAAAUGUGCUGCGUUUUAAUCUUUUUUAAAUAAUUUUGCGCUAGUAAUGUUAUUUCAGCAGUUGUUUACAACAGAGAAGCCUCACAUGCUAGUAUUAAUGUACAUUUCAAGUUUUAAUGGGUCAUAUUUUUGGGAUAAGUUUGGGUUUUGUGCAGUGUUUUGUUUGGUUCAGGUAAUGUAAUCUGGGUUUGUUAUACGUUAGAAAAUGAAUUUUUAACCUGCGAGUAAAUCCGUUUGACCUCAGUGAGAACUCCUCACUUGGUUUCUGAAAAGAAACUACACACUACAGAUCUACAAAAAAAAUAAAAUAAAGUUUUUGUUUAUAUACACGAUAAAGGUUAGGCAUAAUGAAACUCAAAAGGGUGGACUGGCCCUUUAAAAGGCUUGUUUCUUUCAAAUUGAAAUGGUUCAGGAUAGAGGUGCAGAUGGCAAGCAGUUGUGCAGAUCGCCUGAAUUAAAUCAGUCCUUAUUUCCGCUUCAGACAAGCAGGGACGGGUCUGUUUCACCUCAUGGCCACCCUUGUGCCACCAUAUGCCCCAUAUCUGCUCAGUUUUGCUGACAGCACUUGCCUGCUCUGGGACUGUGCACAUAAGGAAAGCUACCAAAUCCUUAUUUAUUGAUAGUCACUGUUGAUUUCGAGCCUAUGGCUUGUUGCAAACAUAUUUGUCCCCCAACAUUUAUUUAAUUUUUCCAUAUUUAGCAAUUUCAUGAACAUUCCAUGGAGAUCUAUUCCAUUGUAUUACCUUUCCUGCUUCUUUUUGAUACAUGGAAAUACUGAAAAUACUGGAAAUAAUUUUCCUUAUUAGCAUAUUACAUUAAAUGCAUUUGGUGUACUAGUAAAUGAAAGGUGCUUUCUUCUUUAGUAUUCCUGCUUUGAAAUAAUAUUAUUGUACAUCGCAGAAUGUAAGUAAUGAUUACUAAUAUAGUUGAAAAUAUAUUUGUUAUGCAUAUAUUAUGCCCAUAUGCCGUAUAUCCUUGGACCGCUUCAGUUAUGUCCACUAGGAGCAUACAUGUAUUUCAUGUAUAAAGAUGCUUAUUGUACUCCUAAUUAAAGAACUAAAAAAUAA